CGUUUGACGAGACUACCUAGAAAAAUAAGUGAUGCUAUAAAGUUAGCUGAAAACCCUAAUUUCUGCUGCGCCGACCUCUCUCCGCCACCAUACGCCACUCCUCCGCCGCGGCGCGACGAGCAAUUGAGGCUGAUCUAACAAGUUUUCACGCUACCCCAAUUCCAUCGACUAUCUGUAGGGAACCAUUUCUGAACUCCCCAGCAAAAUUCACCAAAAAUUAGAUGUCUCCCCGUUGAGAAAGCUAGCUGCUUUGAACCUCGAUCGCCUUCUGGUAGCUAAUUAACACGUACACCAGCCUCGAGAUAGAAGUGAAAAGGUCUGAUGAAGCACAUUGUGAAGAUUAUGGCGUUGCUGGUAGCUUUGUCGGCUGUCUGGAUUAGUUUGUUACAAACGUCAGUCCUUCCAAAGAGUUGUACUUGGUUGCUGCCACUCUACUUCAUUGUAUCACUUGGAUGUUACGGUCUCUUGAUGGUCGGAGUUGGUCUAAUGCAAUUUCCAACUUGCCCACACGAGGCUAUCCUAUUACAACAGGAUGUUGUUGAAGCCAAGGAAUUCCUAAAGGGGAAAGGGGUGGAUGUUGGCGCUAAUUGAUCUAUCCAUUGUUACUCUCACUAUUGUUCAUAUUUGGAAGCUCUGCAGAUCAUCAACUAACUCAUCUGACGGUUGAGAUUACAUGAAAGUUAAACCAAACCUUCUUUAGUUGUGUUAAAGAAAUUAUAUACUGCCAAUUUUUUGUUGGAUAAAUUGGUGUUUGGUUUUUAGAAAAGUACAGAUUAUAUCAGAAGUUUCCUCAUGCCUGAAUAGUACUUUACACAGUUAACUCAUUUCUAUCUCAUGCUGAAUGGAGUAAUUAGUAGA